CAUCGUCCGAUCCAACUCCCAAGGUCCAGCACCAUGUCUCCAGACUGCCGAUGUCUCGCCGUCCACAAGGAAGCGGAAAACAGGAACCCUGUACAAAAAAAGGAGACAGGAGGGGGACCGACCAAAAUCCUACAUAUAGAUCCUCUGCAUCCCCCCCUCAAUGGCCUUCUUCUCUUCUCCAUCACACUCUCUUUCUCUCUCUUUCACACUUCUACUUGUCCUUCCUUAAUCAUACCCGGUUGAUCCAGGUUCCACUCUUUAUCUUCACCAUGCAUUUCCUCCAGAACACCAUCGUGGCCGCCACCAUGGGCGCCGCGCUGGUCGCUGCUGCUCCUCUCGAGCUCGAGAAGCGCUCCUGCACCUUCACCUCGGCCUCCGCCGCCAAGUCCGGCAAGUCCUCUUGCUCCACCAUUACCCUCGACAACAUCGCUGUCCCCGCCGGUGAGACCCUCGACCUGACUGGUCUCAAGAAGGGAACCACCGUCAUCUUCGAGGGUGAGACCACCUUCGGCUACAAGGAAUGGAAGGGUCCCCUGAUUUCCAUGUCCGGUACCGACAUCACCGUCAAGCAGGCCUCCGGUGCCAAGAUCAACUGCGACGGUUCCCGCUGGUGGGACAGCAAGGGCAGCAACGGUGGCAAGACCAAGCCCAAGUUCUUCAAGGCCCACAAGCUCGACGAGUCCAGCAUCACCGGCCUGAAGAUCUACAACACCCCCGUCCAGGGCUUCAGCAUCCAGUCUGACCACCUGACCAUCACCGAUGUGACCAUCGACAACUCCGCCGGUACCAGCAAGGGCCACAACACCGAUGCCUUCGACAUUGGUUCCAGUACCUACAUCACCAUCGACGGUGCCACCGUCUACAACCAGGAUGACUGCCUUGCCAUCAACUCCGGUGAGCACAUCACCUUCACCAACGGCUACUGCUCCGGUGGCCACGGUCUCUCCAUCGGCUCCAUCGGCGGCCGCAGCGACAACACCGUCAACACCGUGACCAUCUCCAACUCCCAGGUCGUCAACUCCCAGAACGGUGUCCGCAUCAAGACCGUCUACGACGCAUCCGGCACGGUUGAGAACGUCAAGUUCGAGGACAUCACCCUCUCCGGCAUCAGCAAGUACGGUAUCGUCGUUGAGCAGGACUACGAGAACGGCAGCCCCACCGGCACCCCCACCAACGGUGUCAAGGUUGACGGCAUCACCUUCGAGAAGGUCACUGGUACCGUCAAGAGCUCCGCCACCGACAUCUACAUCCUUUGCGGCUCCGGCAGCUGCUCGGACUGGACCUGGAGCGGUGUCAACGUCACCGGCGGCAAGAAGAGCUCCAAGUGCAAGAACGUCCCCUCGGGUGCUUCUUGCAGUGACUAAACGGUCACUCAGGCUAGUGAUGCAAAGCUUCGGGUUGGUGUUGCAUGGGGGUUAUCAUUCUGUCCUCUGACCUUGUGUCGGAAAUUUUGUAUUAGUGCUUAAUUACCUAGAUUACUUAGAGUGUCUUGGGAGUAAUAGACGAUUGGCGCCUGAUGUCCAGGCCACCAGA